UUUGACCAAAGGAAAGAGAGAGAGUUUUUAUGUUGGGUGAGAGAGACAGUUUAUUUUGAGAGAGUAGAAGAAAAGAAAAGAAAAGAAAUUCUGUCUGUUUUCGAAAAAUUCCAUUUCUAUCCUUCUUCUUCUUCCUCCUCCCCUCUUUUUCUCUGUAAAUGGGGAGAGAGAUGUCGUUGUUAUCAUUAUCAGAGAGAGGAAACAGAGGUUGAUUUUAUUGGAGUUGAUUUUGAUUUGUUUGCUACAUUUUUUGUUUUGGUUAACUCUCUGCUAAGAAGAAGAUCAAUCAAAUCGAGAAGAUUAGGGGGGGAUUCUUGUUCUUGUUGUUGUUGUUCAGUGUGUUGCGGGUGGAAGAAAGGAGGAAUCAUGCAUGUAAUGCGCCGUUUGAAGAGUUAUGCCUCUGGUCGAUCUUCCAUUUCUGAUCCCGCCGGCGAUACGAACACGAAAAGGGUGAAGGUUGAGCAGGAAAUAGAACCGGAAGUUGCCCCGGUAGAAGUAGAAGCUGCUCCUGCGGCUGCUGCUGCUCAUCAUUCUGUAGUAGAUAAUAAAAUAGAGGCUGCUGCUGAGAGAGGAGAAGAGAAUAUUGCUUCUACAUCACAAGAGAAUGAUGCAAGUACUUCUGAAGAUCCCGCUGCUAUUCCUAAAGCGGCUGAAAAAUCUGGUGUUGAUCAACUUCCGAAAGAAUUAAAUGAAAUGAAAAUUAAAGAUGAUAAAAACGACAAUAAUGAUGAUGAUAAGAGUAUGGAAGCCACUGUUGUAAAUGGUAAUGGAACAGAGACGGGUCAGAUAAUUACUACAACUAUAGGUGGUCGAAACGGUCAGCCAAAACAGACUAUUUCAUAUAUGGCAGAGCGAGUGGUUGGCACUGGUUCAUUUGGUGUUGUAUUUCAGGCCAAGUGCUUAGAAACAGGCGAAGCGGUUGCUAUAAAGAAGGUUCUACAGGAUAAAAGAUACAAGAAUAGAGAACUCCAAAUUAUGCGCAUGUUUGACCAUCCUAAUGUAGUUCAACUAAAACACUGGUUCUUUUCGACUACUGAAAAAGAGGAGGUGUUUCUCAAUUUGGUACUGGAAUAUGUUUCUGAAACUGUUUACCGAGUUACGAAGCACUAUAGCAGGAUGAACCAACAUGUUCCCAUUAUCUUUGUACAAUUGUAUACUUACCAGAUCUGUCGUGCGCUUGCUUACAUACAUACUGUUAUCGGAGUGUGCCAUCGUGACAUUAAACCGCAAAAUUUAUUGGUAAACCCACACACUCAUCAGUUAAAGAUAUGUGAUUUUGGAAGUGCAAAAAUGUUGGUUCCCGGAGAGCCCAAUAUAUCAUACAUUUGUUCUAGGUACUACAGGGCUCCAGAAUUGAUCUUUGGAGCCACUGAAUACACAACAGCCAUUGAUAUGUGGUCCGCUGGGUGUGUUUUUGCGGAGUUGCUUCUGGGACAGCCUUUAUUUCCAGGAGAAAGUGGUGUUGAUCAGUUGGUGGAAGUCAUCAAGGUUUUGGGGACCCCCACAAGAGAAGAAAUUAAAUGCAUGAAUCCAAAUUAUACAGAGUUCAAGUUUCCUCAGAUCAAGGCUCAUCCAUGGCACAAGGUUUUCCACAAGAGGAUGCCUCCUGAAGCUGUUGAUCUGGUAUCAAGGCUCCUUCAGUAUUCACCAAGUCUGCGCUGCACUGCUUUAGAGGCAUGUGCACACCCGUUUUUUGAUGAGUUGCGAGACCCAAACGCUGUCUUGCCUAAUGGCCGUCCACUUCCUCCAUUAUUUGAUUUCACGCCUCAGGAGCUGGCUGGUGCACCCCCUGAACUAGUCCAACGACUAAUUCCUGAGCAUGUCAAGAAAUAAAUAUGAACUUUGCAAAUAGUCUAGAGGCAAUGUCAAUAGUUAUAGUGGUAGUAGUGGCUUUAGUACAAUUUCUGUGGGUUUCCAAUUUUUCUUUUUUCCAGUCGAUUUUAUGGAGAUAAGUGCUAAGUAGUUGCCUACUGGUUGUAACGGAAUGUGCGAUUUGGUUGUUUUUUAGACAUAAUAAGGCAACGCCAACAUUAUGUCUAUUUCGAUGUUGUAUUAUCUAUAAUGUUAUAUAAUAUCAAUUCCGGACUUUGUUAGAUCAAUUUACUAAUUUACUAAUGAUCUUU